AUGUGUCGUAAGGCUUCUGCCCAUGUUGUGGUCCCAAUGGAAGUUGCCAUGUGUUUUGGUUUCAAAAGUAGUACAGGUGAAUUUCAGUCUUUAUUAGCUUGUUAGAAUCGCGGUUUGCUAAAAAGCCACUGUGGCCCUGCUGGACCUCGUCAGUGAAUAUCUUUUUGUAGACUGGAAAAGAUUGUGGCGGUAACGAUACAGAAGUGUCGUUUGCGGCGGAUACAAGCCAAAUAAGCCUUGACAUUACGUCGAUUAAUGUCUGUAAGGAGUUUGUAAAGCUCUUCCUUCGUCAACCUCCUUAUACAGAAACACGAAAUGUUAAAGGAAAGUAGGAAACGAGAAUCUUUUGCUCAAAACGAACUUGAGGAUUUUAUGUCCUUGAAUGAAGGAAGCAACUCAAAACGUUCAAAAGCAGCAGAGAAUGAAAACACUAUAGAGUCAAACUUAGAGUAUCUUUUUGCUCCAGAAACAAACGUUUCGACAUCGGACGGACCAUCCUUUACGUUUUCAGAGGAACAAGAUAAGAAAGGCGACGGUGAUGUGUCUGACAAUAUAAGACGGGGCCCAUCUAAUGAAGGAUGGAACCCAACAUUGACUGAACUGUACGAAUUCCAAACAUUUAACGAUCACUUGGCACACUUGAAGCCGUUAUCAUCAAACACCGAGUAUAAGCAUCAGAUUUUAUGGCAUAUUAGAAGUAUUCUCAUCCAAUUGAAUGGUCGCUCGGCUGUGUCGCAAGUCGUGUCAAGAAUGAUGGUUGAUCAACCGUGCCUAUACAGGCUCAUUUCUUCUGAUUCCGCUUUAACAGGCGACACUUUUGAAAGACUCACGACACUCGUUACAAAUUAUAUGCACAACUGUACACAGUCUCGAAUACCGUUGCACCUCUGGCUUCAUUCGGAUACCAACGGAAACACUCUCAUAUGCAGUUCACAUAUAGAUGAUGAAAACGCAGAAAGCAAACGAAAACGAUACUAUCGUUCACUGUAUACUAUGGCCGAUAUAUCAGGAACACCCCGGCCAACACGGUCCCCUUCGCAUGGGCAACAGAACCAUCUGUUUUCUAUAAGUUCUCCGGCUAAGAAAGAGGCUUCUCAAUCUGAACUCGACCAUGAAAAAUCAUCGUCACCGUUCGAGACAGUAUUCCCUAAUUACGAUGUUGAGUCAUCUAAAGAACGGCCACCGCAUACUGCCUUUUCUGAAAUAGACGAUCGGGUGAAUGCCGGUUUGGAUGAAGACAUAAUUGGAUUUCACGCAUUUCAAAUGAAGGAUACAGACCUCGGUCAACUUAUUAUAGACACAUCAUAUGAAAGUAGUACAUUACCUUCUCUCUUCGAGGAUUGCUAAAUUAGCUAUACGUACACGCACCCCGGUUAUUUGACUUGCAUUUGUAACCAGAGUUCAUCACCACUUAUGAAAGCACAAUAUGAUUUAACUUAACGAUAUUCUGUGGACGAAUUUACAACAAACAACACCAAUAAAACCUUGUCGAAAGCACCCUAAGAACAUGUUAUUUGUUUUCCUAAAACACCCUAACCGAAUAAUGCAGCUUCCUGCGCCAACAUGAUUCACUAAAUACAACAUGAAAAAGAGAGUAGACAAAAAAAAAACAAAAAAAAAAGUAGAAAAUGGAAUGAGGAUGAGGAUAGCG